GUGCCUGGCGGCGCUCCCUCCCGGGGCGUCCCGCCUUUGGCGGCGCUCCCGGGCCCAUGGCGCUGCCCUCGGUGCACAGGUGCCUCCAACUCAGUGAUGAAAACGAACAGUUACUCAAGAAGUUGAAAAAACUACGUAUUAAAAAUAAAGAGCUAGAAAAGAAUCUGGCUCAGUUCCAAGAGAAACUGCGUAUGCAGCAGUUAAUACACGGCUAUGUCACAAGCAGAGAUGUUCAAGUUCAAACAGAACCCCUCUUAUGGCAUAAGAGCGGACAGAAGGAUCUCGGUCUAGAGAGUGAAAGUGUCAGACUACUUCAGAUGUAUAAUAACCUGCAGAGACGUUACAUUAAAGAAAUCAAAACAAACCAGGAGCAAAAUGAAACAAUUAAAAAUCUCACUAUUAAAAUUCAUGAGCUAGAGCAUAAUCUUCGAGAGCAGAGACAAAGAACGGAGCAGCUGGAAUGUAAAAAGGUUUCUAAGAAGGCUAGAGCUGUUUCUGAAAAAAGAAGUCAAACCCCAGAGGGAGAAGCAACAUCUUGCAGACACAUAUAUAAAAAGAAGGAAUCCUGUUGCAGUACGUAUUUAGAGCUAUUGUUGAAGGAGAUUAAAAAGCUGAAGAAAGAAAAUGAAAAGUUGUCUGCAGAAAGGCGAGCACUAAGAAAUGAAUUAGCUGGAUUAGACAAGGAUUUUUUUGAAGAAAUAGAAGAUCUAAAGCAUGCAGUACAGGAAUCUGUGAAACUGAAUAAUCAGUAUGAGAAGUGCUUGAAACAAAUAAGUGCAAUUUAUGGACUUCCUUUAACAGCACCUUUGUGACUAUUAAUUUAAUGGCAAGUAAAUGUUCCGCAUAAUUUUUCAUACUCACUGCAGCAUUGAAACCUCAUCUGGUGUAUGUAGUGCCACUUUUUGAUAAUGUUAUGUGUUCAGGAAUAUGAUUUCAAUAUAACAAGCUAUUCUGAAAGGUUUUUGUAUUGUAUCUUUGAUUUUUGUUUAUAUAGUUUAAAAAUAAACAGUGGCAUGUCUAACUUCUAAGUUUCAAAAAUCCCCUUUUUCUUUCUCUCUUUUUAAAUAUAUACCUUGCAGAGGUGAUUCUGGGCUCUGUGGGGAAAAUGAAAACAU